CUAUUGAAAGAAUCCAAGGGACGUGCCAGUGUGGACACUGAAUUUCAAAAACACAUGACAGAAUGGGAACUGGAGCGCGUUCAACUACUGGAACAAAUACGAACAGAUUCCGAGUUACACAAAACCAAGGAGCAGGAAUCUCAGAGAUUGAUCGUCGAUCUUCAGGCGGAACGGAAGAAAUUGAUGGACUACGAUCGUACUAACAGUAGUGCCUCGAGUGGAGGUUCUUCUGCUGUUCACUCUUGUCCUACCUUGACUAGUAUCCAAGUCUCACCGAAUCCACCAUCUGAAGCCCUNUUUAAUGUGCGUACUCUGAUGCGUAUAGGACAACAGGCAUGUUUAGCUCGUACGCUCGAAACCCUAACCAUCGAUGUGUGUUGCAUCCAAGAAACUCGCAUUCAAGACUCCAGCUCCACUAUCCGAUUGACGUCCCCGUCAAACCCAUCAGUGAAGUUUCACUUACGCCUCUCCGGGGACCCU